AUGCUGAUGUGCCGCUCUAGCAAGGGUGCCUGCGUCGACGGGAUAGGCCCUGCGUCAGAUGUGCCGAGACAACGAAGAGGAAAGGCGACGAUGGCCGGCCGGCUGCGAAGCACGCCGAAUGGGAGAAAAGAUGGCGACCCGGGCGUUUACCCCUACGAGUGCGAUACGAGUCCUGGCCGGCCCUAGAUCAUGCUCGUGGCUGCUUGCUUGCGAAGGCAGCAUAGUAUUGGCUUGGCCCUUGUUUUUGUUUUCCUUCUUUUCCCCUUGUAUUCUACCCCCACUCUCGAGAACCCCCCUUCUCCUACCCCUCCAUCUUCUUCCCAAAGGCAUCCCGCACGUCUAG